AUGGCCGCCGCCGUCGCUUCUGCUGCGGAGAUUAUCCCCCAGCUAGAAGCGGCGCGUAAACUGGCCCUUGGAGAUCCUCAAGUGUACAAUCAAGUCCUCCCUGGAAUUCUACCUAUUAUCGGUCCGACCGCCCACGUUGAAGUGAGAAGAUGGGGUGCAGAUUUCCUCGCUGAGGGCUUCGCCAGCCCUUCGGUCUCGAAUCAACAGAAGGAGCAGUUAUCCAUCGAAGUCAUUCCCACUUUACGCGGCAUCCUAGAGAAUCAAAAGGAGGAUGUGGCGGUCAUCAGGAGUGCUGUUCAAGCCGCAGCUAGUUUAUAUUCCUUGGUCUUCAGACGAGUUAUCUCUCGCCCAGCCGAGGUGGCAUUAUGGCAGGAUUUGAGUGCCAUCAAACUCAACAUUCUACAACGCAUGGACUCGGCUCCUCCAGCUGUCCGGAUUUGCUGUAUCAAAUUCGUUCAAAAAAUCGUCCUGGUAGAGACCCCUGGUCAAAUCGCCGACCCUCGCCGUCCCGAUCAGAAUGAAACUUCUAUUGCUCUUGUUCCUCGAAAUCAUCCUCUGUUACAAUUACCCAACCUCGAGGCUGAAGCAUCUGGCUUAUUGGAUAGGCUCCUAAGUGUAUUUCAAGAGAAUUCAACUGAUCCUAUAAUCGUCGACGCUACAUUGAACUGCUUACCCAUUCUUAUCCGAACACGACCAUCAAUAGGGACGAAAAUCAUCUCUGCCGUUCUCAAUUUCAACCCGAUGAAGCAGGGAAACUCACCGAUGACUCCCAAGAUUAUGGUUAUGAUCAGGUCUAUGGAAAGGACAACUCGAGCUCUGUUGAGAUGGGUUUUGCGCGCCGUCCCAAAUCACCCUAUGGAUCAGAAAAUACAGCAAUACCUGAUGCGACUCCAGCAAUCGCGAACUGCAGUGUUUUCCGAUACAACUGCUCACAAGCGCCCUGCAGAACCUACAGAUGGCUUGGAUGAGGCCAAGCGGCAACGACUCACCGCUGCUCCUCGCAAAUUCCCUCCUAUGCCACCACCACCCAACUCGUUUGCUCAUCUGUUUACCUUAACAGAGGACCCCAAUCUAAAGCAAUUUGAUGUAACAUUACUUCCUGCUGAUAUCGUUAGCGACGUCACAGCAGUCUUUCUACAACAUGUCGAGUCUACUUCAUUGGACCUGGCAAUUGAAGAAGUUCGCGCCAGAUAUGUACACCUUCAAAAGGUCACUCAACCCACUCCAAUACCAGAUGUACCAAUGGCUGGUCCCACAGGAAUUGACGAUGACGAUGACUAUGAUCCUGAGUUCGUGGCUAGCACAGAAUCGGGGAUGGAUGUUUCGACAGGAAAGGCUCUCGACGAAUUGAUUCAGCCUGCCAUUGAUCUGGGACCUUUUGAAUUGCCCAAACCUCCACCACUGACCUCCGAUCAGAUCGAUGUCGUCACGAAUCAGAGCGUUGAUCAUGUUGUUCAGCUCAUCGCAACUCUCGACAAUGCAGUCCAAGCUCCAGUCAAGCAAAAAUCGGGUCUAAAUCGGCUGGCAGCAAGCACUAAUGACCGGGAUUCAUGGGUGACCAUCCUGAUCCGUUUAGCCACCCGUGCUUCUUCUGGCCUGGACGACCUCACAAACACUCUACUGGAUGAUCCCGACCGUAACAAGCUGAUCAAACGAGAAGACCUAAACAUCGAAGAACCAAAUGUCGCCAACCGCAUCCGUCAGACCCUCUUCAUGUAUAUCCUUGACGACUUCCGACAACGACUCAACCUCGCUAUAUCCUGGCUGACCGAAGAAUGGUACGCCGACAAAAUGGCUGCGAAAACCCAUCCGGAACUCGCCGAUCUGCCAAAUUACUCUCGCUGGGUGAACCGCGUCAUCGACCGCCUCCUACCCUAUCUCGACGCACGCGACAAAAACCUCCUCAUCCGUUUCCUCUCUGAAAUCCCCGCCAUCAAUCGUGAAAUUCUCGACCGAAUCAAAUCCCUCGCUCGAGACCCCGAACGUAUCAACAUGUGUGUACUAUCAAUGCAGUACCUGUUGAUGCUCCGACCGCCCUCACGGGAAUUAGUCCUGGACACGAUCGAGACGAUCUGGCAUGAGGGAGAUGCACAAGCCAAAAGCGCCACGGUCAAAGUCCUCACGAAAUGGAGGCCAGGCUUCCUCGAAAGCAAUGCGGAAGCGAAGAAGGAAGAUGUCGCAAAUGCGGGUGCGAUUGCGCAGAAGACGGAGAUUCAGGUCAAGGGCAUGGCAGGCACGAAUGGCCUCAAGAGUCCACCGUCUGUGGCGGCGCUCGAGAGACCAGUCGACCCCAGGAAGCGCAAGGCGCAGCCUGUUGUUACUGCAUAG